GGAGCGAUUGGAGCUGCUCAGGAACCGUCGCCUUGAGAGUGGACGAUCAUUCGGGCUGAUGCUCAGACCAGAUGGAGGAAGCUCAGGUCGCAGUGGUGGGGAUCGGCUGCAACUUUCCUGGAGGGGAAGGACUGGAGAACUUCUGGAACGUCCUGCUGAAUGGGAUUAACUGUUCGGUGCCGAUCCCUAAGGAAAGAUUUAACGUUGACAGCUGGUUUGAUCCGGACGACAACAAGCCGGGAAAAUGUCGGACUGACAAGGCGGCUCUCAUUGACGGGUUCAACCAUCUGGACAACAAGUUUUUCGGCAUCAGCGACAGCGAGGUGGAGCAGAUGGACCCUCAACAGAAGGUGCUGCUCGAGUGUGUCUUCAGAGCUUUGGAAAAUGCCGGCAUUCCCAUGGAAAAGGCCAGCGGGACUCGGACCGGAGUGUUUAUUGGUCUAAUGAACCGAGACUACGAAACAAAAGCGACCCACGUGCACGCCAGUGUCAUCAACCACUGGACGGGUACAGGACUGGCCAUGAGCAUCGCCGCCAACAGGAUCUCCUACAUCUUCAACUUGACCGGGCCUUCGCUGGCCCUGGACUGCGCCUGCUCCUCUUCUCUGGUGGCUCUACACUUGGCCUGUCAAUCCAUCAAGCAAGGUGAUUGUGAGAUGGCGAUAUGUGGUGGUGUCAACUGCAUCAUCGAGCCACGAGUGUUUGUCGCCCUCAGCAAGGCCAAGAUGAUCUCACCUGAUGGGAUCAGCAAACCUUUUUCCAGCAGAGCCGACGGUUACGGACGAGGCGAAGGUUGCGGGGUCGUUCUGCUGAAGCCUCUGCAGAAGGCUCUCCAAGAUGGUGACCAUGUCUGGGGCAUCAUCACCAAAACAGCAGUCAACCAAGACGGACACUCGACCAGUCCAAUCACCAAACCUUCAAUGACUCAACAGGAGGAGCUACUGAGAAGAAUGUACUCUGACAGUGACAUCGCAAACGUCCAGUACAUAGAAGCACAUGGGACUGGAACCCCAGUUGGGGACCCGACAGAGGCAGGGAGCAUCUCAAAUGUCAUUGCCAAAGUGAGACCUCCUGGUUCAGGAAUUCUUCGUGUCGGCUCGGUGAAGGGCAACAUCGGACACACAGAAUCGGCAGCUGGAGUCGCCGGACUUAUCAAGGUUCUUCUCAUGAUGAAGCAUGAAACAAUAGCUCCGACUCUCUUCUAUUCUUCUGACUCCCCCGGUGUGGAGACCAAAGUCUUGAACAUCCAAGUUCCUGUACAAGCAGAAAAGUGGGAGUGUCUUGGGUCAAGGCUCGCAGGCGUAAACAAUUUUGGUUUUGGAGGAACAAACGCACAUGUGAUCAUCAAACAGCAUCAGCAAACCAACAAACCACCAAAGACCAUCGGAAUGAGGUUUCAAUAUUUCGUCUUAUCGGCCAGUUCCGCAAAGUCCCUCACUCAGAUGAUGCAGCAGACACUGAAGGACCUGGAGGCCGACGUCAACAUCGAUGCACUGUCAUAUACAUCAGCCUGCAGGAGGAGCCACCGGAAACACCGAUACAGAAGAGCCAUCAGAACAUCUUCUGUUGCUGAUCUCAAAGAGAAACUUGAAGCUGACCUGAGCAAAACCAUGAAUCCUUCCCUGUCUGAACCGAAGUUAGUCUUCGUCUUUUGCGGUAAUGGGGUAACCUACCAAGGCAUGGGGAAGAAGCUGCUGGCACAUGAGCCUGUAUUCCGAGAAAAGAUUGAAGAGAUUACAGACCUGUUCCUCAAGCUGGACUCGCUCAACAUCCUGGAAACUCUGGAAAGUGAAUGUGCAGACUUAACUAGCGCAAAUGUUGUCCAACCUCUGCUUUUUGCCAUCCAGGUUGGCAUCGCUACCGUUUUGCGACACUGGGGCGUCAAACCAGCCGCCGUUCUGGGACACUCGGUCGGGGAAGUUGCAGCGGCUCACUGUUCUGGCUUGUUGUCACUGACGGAUGCCGUCAAGGUCAUUUACUACCGCAGUCACCUUCAGAGUACUGUCACCGGCGGGAAGAUGCUUGUCAUCAGCAACAUGGCGGUAACUGAGGUGGUGGCUCAGCUCAGUCAGUGCUCUGGGGAAAUAAGUAUCGCGGCUUUUAACAGCCCCAAAUCCUGCACGCUGUCAGGUGACCCAGACGCAAUAAUGACCAUCCAUAAACAGCUAGGUGCUAAGGCCGAUUUGUUCGUCCACCUCCUGGAUGUUCCUGCUGCCUAUCACAGCCAGCAGAUGGAGUCCAUUUUACCAAAAAUCAGGGACUCAGUCGGUGACUUAGAAGCAUGUUCCCUGAGCGCACAGUUGAUCUCAACGGUGACGGGCAGAGAAGCAGAACCUGGGGAUUUCUGCUCGGGGGACUAUUGGGCCAGAAAUAUUCGGGAGCCAGUGUCUUUCGAACAGGCUGUGAAGUCAGCGGCUAGGGGAAAACAAAAUAGCAUCUUUCUCGAGAUCGGACCGAGAAAAGCCCUUCAGAGGAACAUCAGAGAAACUUUAGGCGACGGAACUGCUGUCCUGGCCUCAAUGCAGCCACAGAGAGAUCACGGAACAAUGACAACGGUUGUCUCUGAGCUUUUCGAACGGGGCUUCCAAGUGGAAUGGGAUGUCUUCUACAAAGGACACGAAGCAGAGCCUUUGCCUUUUCCAAAGUACCAGUUUGAAACCUCGUGCAAGGACAUCAUCAUUGCUGCCUCACAAAACAACACAGGAAGUGAUCACCCUGUCCUCUACUCAACAGGAAGUGACAGCGAUCUCUUUACUUGUGACCUGUUCACUGAGUCUUGUUUUUAUCUCAAAGGACACAAACACAAGGGCGUCCCCAUCAUCCCCGGUUCUUUCUAUGCCGAACUGGGUUUAGCUGCGUUCCUGGCCCGUGCCACACCCAAGGUUCCACUGCAAUCCCUGCAGCUCACUGUGGACUUCUUCUGCCCAUUUGUUUUAACUCCCAACGCACCAGAAAUGAAGGUGCAGCUGCAGCCGUCGGAGACGCAAACUAACUUCACAGUGUUUUCUUCAUCAGCGAUUUAUGCGUCAGGUACGGUGGUUUCCAAAAAAGAGCGGCAGAUUGAGGAGACGUUCAUUUCCCUCAACUCCAUUUACCAAAGAUGCACCGGUGUCUUCACCCAUCGGGAGGUGUAUGACAACCUCUCCCAGGGAGGCUUCGACUAUGGGGUUGUAUUUCGGAACAAAGCUGACGUGUAUUACGGGAAAGACCUGAAAGAGGCUGUGACAGUUGUCACCGUCGCACACAAGCUGCGGUCGCAGUUACACGACUACUGUAUUCACCCGGUGGUCCUGGAUUACCUCAUGCAGCUUCUGCCGAUUACAGUUGAAUACAUGUUCACUGGCAGACCUGGAUUCCCCUCCAGGAUAGGAAGUUUGAUCGUGCUGGAGCCGCUGCAAGAAGAAAUGAUUGUCUAUCUGAGGGCAACUGAGGUUGGCACUGACCACUUUGAGGUGUGCGGCUGCUUCGCGGACAAACAAGGCAGAGUGUUAGUUGAGAUAAAGCAUGUGACGGUCAAGUAUCUGGGCAACAGCCCUCAUGUUGUUGAAGAGUAUUUCUACCAUAAUGACUUUGACGUGGUUCCUGCUGGCAUCACCACUGAGAAACCUCCGAGAGCUUUGGUGUUCUCCGACAACGUCGCGAUCUCAAACGACUUGCGACUGCACUUGGACAAAAAAUCCAAAUGGAUGCCCUUAACACGAGAGAAGGACCUCUUGGGUUGGGGGCCAGACUCUCUUGAUAUCGCAGAUAUUGAAAGCUUUGAUGAGGUCUUGUUUCUGUGGGGUUGCGAGGACCUCACUUCCAUCCAGUCUGAUGUGGUUCUGAACAAUCUGGCCAAUUGUUGCGAGGUUUUCCGUCAAAUAGUUGUGGAGCUCAAGAAAAUGCAGUUCUCUCACUCCAUUCGAGCCGUGACCUACUGCUCCUCUGACCUCACAGUAGAUCGGGUGAGUCCAGGGUUUGUGGUCGCUGGCAUGACUCGAUCAAUGGCAGCAGAGCUGCCAGAACUUUCAUUUCAACUCGUUGAUAUCAGCAGCAGCUCGGCUCAGGACGUCGAGGCUCUCGUCGAAGUCCUUCGCUCAUGUCCGUGCAGUAAAUACCCAGAGCUGGUUAUUAAAGGUGGGGAAAUCCUGAAGCCAUCAAUUGUGCACACCCCAGAAAAAGUGGACGACUCAGGACAGCGUGUCGUCAGCAUGCCUGACACCUGUGUAUUUCAGACAGGUGAUGCGUACAAGGUGACACACAUAAGCGCAAUUCCAGCAGAUCAAGAGGCAGAACCACUGGGCAAUACGUCUGUCGAAAUUCAGACCAGUAAGAUUUCCGUCCACUCAUCAGACUACUUUCCCGUCACUGCCUCAGAUCUGAACUUUGGCAAGACGCUUCAUUGGAACAAGCACUCGUCACAGAAACACGAUUUGCUCUGUCUUGACUGGUGUGGUACUGUCACAGCGGUGGGCGAAGACGUAAAGAAGUUUAAAGUCGGCGACUGUGUCGCAUCAUGCUACCCUGCGGUGGCAGGCGACGUGGUCAGGGUUCCAGAGGCGGUUUGCUACAGCACCAAACGGUUCCCCUUUCUUGAGAAAACACCUUGCAUUUCCUACUUUGUCCUUGCAUGGGAGAUCCUGCACCGACUCCUGCCCCCAGCCAAGCAGCAACUCGGACUGAUAUCCUCUGUGGCCGACUCUGCCCUGAUGAAGAUCUUGUCCCUGACCUUCUUUAAAUCCGGCUGGCACGUGAGUGUUGCAACGGCGGACGACACCCUGUCUGAGCAAGUGAAUCACAUCGACACACUCAUUGUCCUUCCUCCAUACGAUGAGUCUUUGGUUGCAACUAUACGCCACUUCCCUUGUGUCCUGCAUGUUUUUCUGAUCUGUGAGUACCAGAUGCAGCCUGUUCCAGAUGUGCUCCAGAGCCUUAAAGACAGUGUUCGCAUCCAGAAAAUUGAUAUGGCCGACAUUUUGCAGCGAGGGUCGCUCAGAGCACAAAGACCGGUGAUUCAUCACUGGCUCAAGUCUUUAAACCUCGGCAAGAAAUUCUCUCUAGAAAGCUUUACAUUUCAAGACACGUCUCACCUGCAGACACAAGAAUCGUACUUCUGCUCAAAGAAACUCGCAGUUGUGUCUCUGGAGAAAGAGGAUCGAUCUGACAUUACACUGCUACCGUGUGAACAACAGAUUUUCCGAAAAAGAGCGGUGUACAUUGUGGUUGGUGGAUUGUCUGGACUCGGCUUUGAGACGGUCAAGUUCAUCUCCCAGAGAGGAGGUGAGUGUAUCGUCAUACUCUCGAGGAGCAAACCCGCGCAGGAUGUGAAAGACAAAAUUCAUAACAUUGAGAAACAAUGUGGAAACCUCAUCACAACCCUGGAGUGUGACGUCUCCAUCGCCGAGCAGGUCAACGCAGUCUUUGCCUCCAUCUCCGAGAAGUGCCAUGGGUAUCCCAUCAAGGGCGUGUUCCACAGUGCGGUGGUCCUACACGACGGCCUCGUGGAGACUCUCAACAGGUCUCUUUACGAGAAGGUUCUCAAACCAAAGGUGAACGGUGUCCUCAACCUUCACUAUGCCACCAAGAGCUGUCAGCUGGACUACUUCGUGUGCUUCUCCUCCAUUUCUGCAUUCGUUGGAAACGCAUCUCAAACCAACUACGCUGCUGCCAACACCUUCCUUGACCUGUUUUGUCAUUACAGGCGUAAACUUGGGCUGCCAGGUCAGUCAAUCAACUGGGGAGCCCUGAACCUUGGGCUGUUGUUGAACAAACGCUACUUCCACAGAUUCCUAGAGGCCAAAGGAAUCAUGGUGCUAGAUGUAGCUGAGAUACAUAAGAGCCUUGAGCAGUGCCUUUUGCUGAACCGACCCCAGCAGGCUGUUUGCCGGUUUCACUUCCGCAACAUCAGGUUCAACGUCCUCUCUCAGAACGCUGCCUUGACCAUGCGCCUCUCCGCCUUGGUGGAAGAAGCUUUCCAAAAGGCCAAAGAGACAGAUUCUCGCAUGAAACAAACCCAAACGGUCUCCCCUGCAGCCUUCAUCUUCUCGCUCCUGGCUGACAUUACUGGCAUGGAGCAGGCUGAUCUGAAAGACGAGCUCCUGCUUUCCUCUUUGGGGGUUGAUUCCCUGCAGGCCAUGACUCUGCAAAAUCUCAUCUUCCAGGGGCGAGGGGUGAACUUGCCUCUGGUCAAACUGCUGGAUCCUAACGCCACAGUCUCAACAAUCGUGGCCAUGCUAAAGGAACAGGAAGGCAACGGGAUUCACGGUGAUGGGGAAGAGCUAGUCCAUUCCACUGCACUGUAGCUGGGUGAAGGAGACUUGAUGCAUGAGCAGAAUAACAAAGCUGGCUUCGCUUUUGUUGCAGGCUCAGGUCUUUGAUAAUAUACUGGUGCUCGUCUGUCCUGAAAGUUGUUCUUCUGUUUCACUGCCCUUAAAUGAUGAUUUAAAUUCUGGAUGUAUCAAUUGGAGACUUUACUUUCCAAA